GACGGCAGCCCUGCAGCGUGGCACUACCUGCAUGCAGUGCUGGGUUUGCUGCCUCCAUAUCGAUCACUGCUAUGUCACCACCUUGAUUUGCUGCCUUUUCUGGAGCAGCUGUACCGCUGGGCACCCUGGGUCCAGUCCCAGCUCCAGCUAGACCUGCUAGAUGCCAUAGAACAGGCCUUUCCCCCAGACACCUCUUUGUUAGCGAGUACCUCCCAUACUGACUGCCAUCUACAGAAGCAGAGGUUCCAACAUGGGCUCCCAUACCCCGCCUGCCCUUUUGUGCAGGCCCGGUGGGAUGGGCAGCAGGCAGAGAAGAAGUUGGCUACAUGGCUGCGACCACUGACACUGCCUGAGCUACAGCACAGCCUGGGCAUUGUUGGUGCUGAGGUGGCCCUAGAAGAGACACGGUGGCUGGAUAGCCUUAGCCUUCUCCCCUUGGCACUGGCAACAGACAUCCCUGUACAGUAUGAAAGCAGUGGCACUGACAAUGCAGAGGAGGAACCUGUUGGAAGAGAGACUAGGUCUCAGGUUGACCGGGAAGUUUCUGGGGAGAAUAUCUUCCAAAAGAGAAGUACUGACUUCUUACCUGAGACUUCCCUCCUGGGUAGCCGAGUGAUGAACAUUCUACAGACGGAGAAGUACCUGAAGAAGAUCCACUUCCUUUAUCUCAAUGUGGCUCCCAGCCGGUAUUUUAGGCCUUACAACCUGAUGGUUGUGCCACCAAACAAGGUGAAUCCUGAGCACUACAUCUUCUCUCCCUUUGGGAUCCUGCAUAUACAUCCUGUGGAGGGCAGUGACACAAUGACAUUGGGUACCUGGCACCGCCACUCUGUUCUCUGGCAACAGCUUCAGUUCAUUCCAUUCUUUAAGAAUUGGCUCGUACGCAAGGCAUUGACCUGUUGGAAGAAGAGUGUGAAGUUGCAGGGGCUGCAUCAUCGCCAAAUUCUCCUAGGAAAUCAUCUGCUCUUGGCCGUGCCCCACUUUGGAGCUGGGCUGCUCCAUAUUAGCAGGCUUCUGCAGGAACUGCGCUCUGUGUCCUGGCUUCCCCAGGAGUUGGAUCAGAGCUACGAGCUGCUGGAGCUGCAACAGGCUCUAGCCAAGGAGAACCACAAGGCUCUACGUCUGCUCCGCCGCUGCCUACACCUCUGCACAGCCAUCCUUCAGUUGGUUCACAAGGACACGUACCACAUGCAGCAGGGCCUGCAGGAGCGAGUGCAAAGUUGCAAGAUCGGGAGAAAUCAGGGCUCCAUCUACCUCCAGAGGGUACAGCGCCAGGAGCUGGAGCAGAGGCUGAAGCAGGCAGAGGCCUGGCUGCUGCAGCUGGGAUAUCUUGCCCGCCUGGUAGACUACAUGAUUUGCCAGAGCCUUGUGUCCAUCGUGGAGGAGGAGAUAACUUCCUUUGUGGCCAACAUCCUGCAAGCCCCAAGGAAGAAACCCUUUCUCACAGCACAGCUGGUCUUUGACAGUUGUGGCCAGCUGUCUCAUGCACCCUCUAUUGAAAAGAUGAUCCAGAUUCUAAAGGGGGGCCUACAGUCUGUCAAGGCCUCUAUCCUGCAGGUGAUGCAAUCUGCAGACCUCCAGAUUUCCUGGGAUUCCCUGUAUUCUCAAGCAGAAGAUGAAGAGGACAACUUGAAUACGAAAUUCUUGACGUCCAAGUUCCAGGGCCAGCCCAGCGAUGCUGUGCACAUCUUUUGUGGCCAGGAUAUUGGAUUAGUGUGGCCCUGGAAGUCUCUCCCAAAUACUGGAACCCUGGAGGUCCGUGGGUACCGCCUGCAGGGCCAGUACUUGACCCCCAAUUACAAGCAGCUGCAGGAGGACCUAGACAAUAACCCUCGAAUCCAGCAGGCAAUGACUAUACAACAGACCCUGAUGGAGGGCAUGCUGUGUGAGGUGCAAGAAUUCUGCAGGGAAUAUCACUGGGUAACAGACAUUUAUGAAUUCCUGCAAGCCUGGGGGUCUCAGCAGCUGGAGGCCAUGAGAGGCUGCCCCAUCAAGAACUAUGUAACGCUGGUGAGCCACCUGAAUGUUUGGCAGGCCCGUGUCUCCAGUAUGCCUAUCGAGUUGCUUACAAAAGGCAAGUUGCUGCUGCUGAGCUGCCGUGAAGUACAGGCAGAGAUGGAAUCCAAGCUGGACAACAUCAGGAAGGACAUCCUUGCACAGGUGCAGGAUGAGUGCUGGAGCCGCACUCAGCAGCUAAUGACAGAGCUCACAGAUUUCAUGCAGAUCUUCCAAACCAUCAACUCUGACAUUCAUGCUAUUGCACGGUGCUCCCAGAAGUUGAAUGAAGCCAAUGAACAGUACGUUGAGCUGGAAGAUCGAAUGGAAUACAUACGAUCCCUUCAUGAACUCAUCCGCAACCACUUUAGCCUCUUUAGUGCUGAAAAUGAGGCGCUAGACAUCUCGGUGAGAGGACAAUUCAGGGAGUCACCCAUCCCACCCACUUCCCCUCCCCACAAAAAACAUCUACUGGACUGCCCUCUGCUUGCCUCACAGCUACUGGACACGUGGGAGGCAUUUCAGUUUGAGAAAAGCCAGGCGUCAGAGUUCCUGCUCAGCAAGCGACAUGCCAUUGUGCCCAAGCUGCAGCAGCUGAUGGCAGCAGCAUUGGCAGAGCUGGACGGACUGCUGGAGAAGGCCUUGUCUGGUCCCUUCAUGGACCCUGCGCAAGAGCAGAGGAGCACCGAGCGCCAGCUCAUCUCACUGGAGCGUCAGUUCCAGAACACAGCCAGCCACCUCAGUGAACUCCACCACGCUUAUGUCACCUUCACUGGAGAUGAGAAUCCUGUGCCCUUGCCAGCCUGUGGGACCCGUCCUAUCGUGCAGCAGCAGCGCAUCUGGCACCUGUACCGAGUCAUCUCGGAAAACAUCAGCGAGUGGAAGUGCAUGGCUUUUGCCAAGUUCAGCCUGACUGUGGCCCUGGAGAAGACUGACAGCUGGCUGACAGAGGCAGCCCGGAUGAGCACAACCCUAGGGCUACACAGCCCAGUGCUGCAUUGCUGCAUGCGCAUGCUAGAGGAGUUCCGCAGCUUCCUACCAUUGCUCACUAAGCUGGGCAGCCUCCAGCUGCAGAACCUCCACUGCCAAGCCCUCCUACGAGCUUUAGGGCUGGGAAGUGUCGAUAAUCUGGACCUCCUAACACUGGGCCAGCUGCUCACUUGUCCGCUGCUGGAGUUUGCAGAUCGAAUCAACCAGAUCUGGCAGUGCGAAAACGAACGAGUCCAUGCCCAAGACACCCUACGGCGGUUGCAGCGGUCCUGGGAAGUACGCCAACUGCGCCUGCUCAACUUUAUCCUUCGUGUACCCUACGAGCCCCCAGCCUCAGAGCGCUCCAAGAGGCAGAUGCUCCGCAGCCCCCAAUGGGACGUAGUAAGCAAGGAUACUGGCACCUUCAUCCUCUCAGACUACAGCAGCCUGCAGAAUUCCAUCCAGGAGAGUCUCCAGAUGUUAUUCAAGAUCCUGGCCAUCCAGAAGUCAGGAGACUUGUAUAAAAUAGCCCUGGAGUGGGUGACCAUUAUGCAUGGCCUGGGUUCCCUGCUGGAGGUGUGGGUGACUUUUCAGCAGAAGUGGAUUUUUCUGAAUAAAGUUCUACAUGAGAUGAAGAUCCAGUUUCCUAGUUCUGACCUGAGCUCUCGUUUCAAGGCCAUGGAUGACCAGUAUCGGACCCUGAUGAGAAUCUCUGUAGCUGACCCACUGGUCCUGUCACUUAUAGUGCCCAGUGCUAAGCGGAGUCCUUACUUCCAGGGCCAGCAGCUGCAACAACUGCUCCAAGCAGGCUCGGUGGAGCUGGAGGGCAUCAUCAUGGCUCUGGAGAGCGUGCUCUACAGGGUGCGUGCUCACUUCCCCCGUCUCUUCUUCCUUAGUGACAGUGAGCUAGUGGCCCUGCUGGCUGCCCCACUGGAGUCAUGCGAGGCCCAGCGAUGGGCACGACGUUGCUUUCCUCAUGUGCAUGCUGUGAGCUUCAAGUCCAACACAACUGAUGAGGAGAAAAACAUGGGUGACUGGGAGUCGAGCCCAAGCACACAUUCUCUGGUGGAAGCACUUGCAGUGCUAGGGGCAGGUGGGGAGGAGAUGAAGCUGCAGGGGCCUCUUCCUCUGCAUCUGGAUCUCCCCAAGUGGCUGGCCUCUCUAGAGAAGUCUCUGCGUGUGACCCUGGUGCACAUGCUUCAGGACUGUGUGGCCACCCGCCUUACUCACAGCCCAUCUCUAGAGGAGAUCCUCAAACAGCUACCCCAGCACAACGAGCUUCCACUGCACCAGUACAUCCUCCAUUGUCUGGAUUUAGCCCAGACCUUCCCGUGGCAGUGUGUGCUGGUAGCAGAGGAGGUAGUGUGGCGGGCUGAGAUGGAGGAGGCUCUGCUUGAGGGGAACACCCUGGCCAUGGUCCCCAUGCAAGUGCGCAAGCUUGAGGUACUGGUGCAUUUUGUGCGGGCCCAGAGGACCUCCCAGGGUGGGCAGCCCCUGCCCUCUGUCCGCCAGGCCAGCCUGCUCAGUGCCCUCUUGGUCAUGGCUGUGACCCAUCGGGAUAUAGCACAGCUACUGCGGCAGCAUGAGGUCAGUGAUCUGAGAGACUUCCACUGGGCCCGCCAACUCAAGUACCACCUGGGUUCAUCUUGUGUAACCAGAAGCCCCCUGCAGAGUCUCAGGACUAUUAUUACAUCUGUUGGGCCCUCUCUGCCACCAGCUGCCUGCUGGAUAGAUGUACUGGGCCGGUCCUUCCUGUACAAUUAUGAGUACCUGGGACCCAGGCUGGAGCCUCUACCCAGCCUGCUGCCUGAGCGACCAGCCCUGGUGCUGUUAUUGGCUCUGGAGGAGGUGGCUUGCGGGACACUACUGGGCUCUGAUGGUGUGGGCAAGACAGGUAUGGUGACUAGCCUGGCACGGGCCCUUGGCCGCCAGCUGGUGAUACUGCCCUGCUUGCCUCAGCUAGAGGCCCGAUGCCUUAGCAACUACCUGAAUGGCGCCCUACAGAGUGGUGCCUGGCUGAUGUUAAAGGCAGUUCAGCACCUUCCCCCUGGCUUGCUCUCUGCCCUGGGCCAGCGCCUGGCUGAACUACACCUCCUUUAUGCCCCACUGUACCAGAAGGCUUCCCAGAGCACCAGCACCGUCGACCCCAUCCAUCCACUGGAGCUUGGCACUGGCUUCUUUGAAAACCAUCACGUGUACAUGCGCCUUGGCUAUGGCUGUCUCCUGACACUACGUACCUUGAGCCCUGUUGUGCCUGCCAACCUGCGCCUGCUGCUGCGGCCGGUGGCAUUGGCACUGCCUGACCUGUACCAUGUGGCAGAGAUGACCCUGCUAGGUGCAGGGAUGCGGGAUGCCUCCCGCAUGGCUACCCGCCUAUCAAAAUUCUUCUCCCUAGAGCGUGAGCUGGUAUUUGGGCCCCUGCCCUGCCGCCUGCCGUUGCUCAAGCAGGUACUGGAGGACACAAUACAGAGACUAAAUGUGACCAAGAAGGAACCCAAGUCCCAGCAUCCCUGCAGCCUAGCUGCCAUUGAAGAGGCCGCUCUACUGCAUGCUGUGCUGUGCUCACAGCUGUUCACCAUCCUCAAUGAGCCCCACCUGCACAAGCUCCGAGAGCUGCUCUUUGGGCUCUUCCCCAGUGCCAGCCAAGUGCUGGCAGAGCCUAUGAUUCCCAGGCUGAUGAAGCCACUGAUGGUGGAGGAACUGCGGCAGGUAGGACUGUAUCCCAGCCCUGACAUUUUGGGGUCCUUGGAGCAGCUGACCCAGGCCCUGAGCCGGGCCUCGGGCAUUCUGCUCCUGGGCCCUGCAGGCAGCGGCAAAACCACUUGUUGGCACUGCUUAUUUAAGAUCCAGAACCGGUUGGCAGCUAUGGAGGAUACCUCAACCCAGGGCUACCAGCCUGUGGAAAUUACUCACCUUUACCCCAGUGCUCUCAGCCCCCAGGAGUUCUUGGGAUGGCUAGAGGGCCCCUGGUGGCACCAAGGUGUCUUCCCCAGGCUGCUUCAUGCAGCCACCCAGUGUAAGUACAUGGGCUCAAACGAGCAGGUGCCAGAAUCAGCAGGGAUCCAGCACUGGGUCAUAUGUGAUGGGGCACCCAGUGCUGCUUGGCUGGACUCCAUCACCUGCCUCCUUAGUGAUCCCCCCCAGCUUAGCCUCCCCAAUGGCCAACAGAUACCACGCCCGCCGGGCACCUUUCUCUUAAUGGAGGUGGCAGAUGCCACAGGCAUGUCCCCCACAGUGGUGGGCCGCUGUGCUCUGGUCUGGUGUGGUGGGGAGCAGACAUGGCAGUGUAUACUUAACGUCCUGAUGGCUGCCCUGCCCCAUGAGUACCGCCUGCAGCACCAGACAAUCACUGAGCUCAACCACCUGGCUGAAGUUCUGGUGCCUGCCACAUUCAGAUUCCUCACCCGCCAAGGUGCCAGCUCUGUACUGCAUGUACAUGGGCAGCAGGCUGUCUGCCCAGGUGUGGCUGAAGUCACCAGCCUGGCCCGCAUCUUCCGUGGUCUGCUUGAUCCCUACCUGCGCCUAGAUGAGGAGGAGAAUGCACGUGGCCCAGAGGACCCUAGCAGUAGUGAACCUGUGACCCAGAGCUUCAAGUCCUCAAAAAGCAGCUCUCUGAACAACCGAUCCCAGACUGACAAUGAAGAUGUGCAGAAUAAGCAAAGGGAGCACUUGCUGGCUGUCAGCAGCUUUCUUUUUGCCCUGAUCUGGGGCUUUGGAGCCCUCCUUCCCUCCAGGCUCUGGCCCCUCUUUGACACCUUCCUGAGGGGCUGUAUUAAUUGCCUCUCCAACUAUCCUGAGCCACCACCCUCAGCCUUGCUGUUCGAUCUACAUGUGUGCCCUGAAGAUGGGACACUGGUUCCCUUCACUGGCCAAUACCUGGGUAGCCGCAUCAGAGGAAAUCUGGGCACCUUCAACCCUUCUCUCCAGACUGAACGGCUUUUAUAUGUGGUGGACCUGCUUCUGUCAAAGGGACAGCCAGUGCUGCUGGCUGGAGAGGCAGCAUCAGGGAAGUCAGCCUUUGUGGAGGUGCUAGUGGAGCCAAAUCACCCCUACACGUAUGUCCCCAUCCACCCUGCCUUCAGUUCCAUCCACCUUCGCCUCCUGCUCAGCCAAGGUGUCCACGGCCAAGCACAAACCAGCCCAUCAUCUGGGGGUCACGAGGAUUCUAAAGGCUCCCUCUUUCUGCUGGAGGAUCUACACCUGGCGGCUUCUGAUCCAGAGAAGAGCUGCCAACCAGUGUUGGAGGCUCUGCGCCAGGCCAUAGACGGCACUGUGUAUGCCCAUAGCACCUUGAAACUGGAGACACUGCAGCCUAUAGUCAACUUCCUUGCCACUGUCACAGUGCCAGGCUGCUAUGAGCGCCCACUGUGCCCACGCCUCUUUCGCCUCUUCACAGUGCUGGCCCUGGGCAGCAUGACCCGAGCGACCUUGCUGAGCAGGCACACCCCUAGCAUUCAGGCGUGGCUCGAACGCUUUCCCUCUGUGGAGCGGGAGGGGAUUCUGGCAGGAGCCCUGGUUCAGGCCUCAGUGGACGCCUGGGAGGCUGUGUGCAGUUGCUUCAUGCCUUCACCCCUCCACCCACACUACCGCUUCUCCCUGCACUCUGUGAGCCACCUACUAGGCAGCCUGCAGCUGCUGCCAACCAGAAUGGGCUCCCGAGGUUUCGCUGACUGUGUCAACCACCAGGAGCACUUGCGCCGGGUGUCCGGCUUGCGUGGUACCCGUUUGACCAUUAUGAUAGCCAUGCGCAACAUGGUGCGUCUUUGGUUGCAUGAGGCACAGAGGACCUUUUGUGACCGACUGGACAGCCCUAAAGAACGCUUGCACUGUGCCAAGCUGCUCUUAGAAGUAGCUCAGUGUGUCUUCUGCUCGAGGUCAGAGACCCAGAACCUGGGCAAGGGCUAUGAGAAUGAAGAGGAGGAGGAAAAGGUGCCUGAAGUGGAAUCUGAAGGGGAGCUGGCCCAAUGGGAGGACUUGAGCAAUAGCGGCAGUGAGACAGAGGAAGAAGGGGACCCUUAUUCCCUUCAGGUUCCCACAGGCUUACACUACAGCAAUCCAGGUCUAACACCAUCCAUCAGACCAGUAAACAAGGAGACCAUGGAGAGCACAAGUCAGACGACAAGCCAGGAAGAAAACACAAGUGUCUCCAGCUUCAAGCUCCAGAUAAAGAGAUCCAAGAGUUGGUGGCAGAAGACAUCCCACAUGGACCUGGUCACACCUCUGUUGCUACCAGUGCUACUACUCCAUCCCAAGGAAAAGCCUUCAGACCUGAUCUUCAGUCAGGAGCUGAUACUGGGGUCCAGCUCAGAGAACCCCAACUUGUACCUGGAGCGACAGUGGGAGAGCCUGGAGGAGCAGCUAGCCACCUCAGCUGCUCAGCUGAGGCUGAGGCCCCAGCUUGCUGUGUGCCGCUCCGUGACCCAGCACGUAGCCCGCCUGGUCCGGGUGCUGGCCAGGCCCCGGCAGCAUGGCCUACUGCUUGCAGGGGCUUUGAGUACUGGACGCCGUACUGCCAUCACUUUGGCUGCUAGUAUUUGUCAGGCCCAUCUCCUCCAUCUGCCAUCUGGAUCAGAGGAGGCCAUUCUCCAGUGUCUACGGGAUGCCAGCUGGCAUGCCGGCAUAUUAGGCCAGCAAGUGGCCCUGCUGGUGCCUGAGGGUGUGGAUCUCACUACCUUUCAUCGCCUUCUGGCCCUGGCAACUUCGGGCAGUUUCCCUGACCAGUACACAGAGGCAGAUCUGAACAACCUUGAGGAACAUCUCCCCAGAGAGAACCUUGGUGUUAAACAGAACAUCAAGAAGGAAAUGGUGUUUCAGAGGUUCUACCAGCAAGUGUGCAGCCACUUGCACCUAUUCUUCCUGAUCAGAGAUGACCAGGCCCACAAGCAGCUGCCUUCUAGUCUGUUCCUGAGGCUCCUUCAACUGGCAGUUGCCAGCAUUGAUCACUAUGAACCUUGGGACCAACCUGACCUGGUCAGUGUGGCCCAGCACCACCUGGAGUGUGCUCAGAGUCUACCCCUUGGUGAUGACUCUUUGAAGUGCCCAGACCUCCAGUCCUCAAUUGCCAGUGUGUCCAAAGCCAUGGCUCUCAUUCACCUUUCGGCUGCCAGCUACAUUGAGCACCUGUGCCCUGUACUGCCACUUGUUACCCCUAAGACCUUCCUAGACUUCCUGGACACCUUCCUGCUGCUGCAGCACCAGAUGACCCUGCAGAUGAGGAACAAGGCCCAGCAGAUCCAGAAAGCCCUGGAAAAUCUGGAAUUGCUGAUGGAACAACACAGAACCCAUGCCAACCUUGUCUUCAACUUGGAACAGCAGCUGAAAGGCUCCCGCAAGAGCCUCAGUGCAUUUCAGCACCAGCUAGAACAAGACAGGCUUCUGUACAAGCAGCAGUUGGCAGAAUGUCGGCAGCAGGAGAAACUCAUUGAGAACCUGGUCAAGCAGCGGGAUGCCCUGCAGGCUCAGCAUGAAGCCUUCCUGGAACAGAUGGGCCAGGCAUUUCUGGGGCCCCUGAGCCAGCUUCAGGUGGCCGACAUCGAGGAGCUACGAAGCUAUCGAGCACCACCGGAAUCUGUGGUCCAGGUGACCAAUGCACUGUGUGACCUGUUCCACCGUGAACCGGGCUGGGCCAGUGCCAAGCAGCUGUUAUGCACUGAGGAUUUUUAUCAGGAGCUGGUGUUCUUCCCCAAGGAGAAGAUGACAGACUCAGAGCUGAUAAAGUUAAACAUAGCUCUGAAGGCUCCAGGCAUGAGUGAUGCGGCCCUGCGAGCAGUAAGCAUACCUGCAGCAAACCUGACAGUCUGGCUUUGGGCCGUUCUGCGCUACGGGCUGGCACAGCGCCGGGGAUUGCCCACAGGUCUGCUGCUGCGGCAGGUGGAGGCGGCACUAGCUCGAGAGCAGGCCCACCUGGGCCACUACCAGUUCCAGGCUCAUGAGACCUUGCAGCACAGUUUGGCCUUGACUGGGAAGAUGAAGGAUGCUGAAGCUUCCUACAGGCAUCUGAUGGAGACCCUCAUUCAGGCACAGUAUGGCGAAUAUUAUAAGUGGCCCAUAAAGGCUACACUGCUCACACCCAUGCACUCCUGGACUACACAGCUGAAGAAGCUGAAGGGGCACUGCAUGACUGUGUUUGGAGAUGCCCUCCUGUGUUCAGCUGCCAUCGUCUACCUGGGUCCCUUCCCACCAUCACGGCGUCAGGAGCUAUUGAACAAGUGGCUGGCUCUGUGCAAAGGCUUUCAGGAGACCCUGGGCCCAGAUGAUGUGGCACAGGCGCUGAAGAAGAGGCAGAAAUCUGUCACCAUGCCAAAGAAUGCCUUGCUGCCCACACAUUCUCCCUUCAGCCUUCUGUCCUUACUGAGCUCUGACUGUGAACAGCGCCAGUGGGAUAGAGACAUGAAGCCCCAGGCAAAGUCUGCCCGCGUGGCUGGUCUGCUUCUGCGAAGUUGCACCCGCUACUAUAGUUGCCGUUGGCCUCUGCUGCUUGACCCCAGUAGCCAGGCCCUUACCUGGUUGGACCCACUGCCUCCGGAAGAGAAUAGUUCCUUGGUCUCAGCCCCUACCAAGUGCAGAGGUAAGCACAAGAAUGGCCUUACGAGCAAACAAGAGAGAGAGUGUGAAGAGGGCACAGGAGCAGAAGAUGAUAGUAGUGAGGACAGCAAUGAGACUGAGGACAAGACAGAAGAGCAGAAGGCAGAGGAAAAGGAAAAUGAAGAGGAGAAAGAAGAAAAAAAGGAAGAAGAGAAGGAGAAAAAGGGGGAGGAGAAAGAAAAAAAGAAAGAGGAGAAAGAGAAUAAAGCGUCAACGCCAGCCUCUGAGACUCAGUCUCCACCUCUUCCCCACCUUACAGUGCUGUCAGGUGCUGACCCAGAGCUGGGUCGUCAGCUCCAGGAGGCAGCUGCCAAUGGCUUGCCUGUGCUACUGACCAACAUGGAGCUAGGCCUAGGGUGCCAAGAACUGCAAUGGCUGCUGCAGCGGGAGCAACUGAGCCCACCCCAAGUGCAGCCUGGCUUCUGUCUCUAUCUGAGCACUACUCUCCCCCUCAGCACCUUGGGAAAAGUGCUAGGCUGUGACUUGCUGAAGGGGCUGAAUGUGCUGGAUCUGGGCCUAAACAUGGACAUACUAGAAGAACAGAUGCUGCAUGAAGUUUUGUGCAUAGAGCGUCCUGAGCUCAAGACCCGCUGGCAAGAACUAAUGAACAGAGCCUUGGAUAUUUGCAAAGCUGUAGAGGCUGCUGAGGAGAAGCUGCUGACGAUGCUGCUGUGCCAGAACUCAGAGAAUCAGAAACCAGCCAAGUACCUGCGGAACAUGGUGAGGGCCCAGGCAGAGCUAUGUCAGCUACGUGCCCAGAGCGAGGAGCAAGAAGACCUGAGGCUACAGGAGAUGGGGUUGUGGGCACCCUAUCGGCGCGUGGUCCGGGAUGGAAUAGCCAUAGUACAGGCCCUAAGCCCACUGCAGAACCUCCUGCCACUUUUCCGUCUGAGCCCAGAGAACUGUUUGGCAGCCACCAAGCAGGCUUUGGACAACAUAAAGAAGCGUGAGACUCAGCCAGGUGAGGACAUGGCCAGCCAUCUGCUGCAGAUGAAAACACAGCUGACCCGCCAGCUGCUAGACAGUACUGUGGCUGCACUGGGCUUGACUCGAGUGCCCUUGGUGGGUGCCUUGGGUGCUUUGGCUCUGCUGCAGGCAGCAAGAAAGGCACCAGAACUGGAGAGGCUGGCACUUUGGCCUGGACUGGCAGCUUCUCCCAGCACAGGCCACAGCCAGCAUAUCCCAGGUGUAGUCCGACCAGCCUGGCUAGGGCUGAGAGCCUGGCAUGAAUGUGGGAUGUUAGAGCUGCUGCCCCCAUUUGCUGGUCUGCGUGCAUCCCUGGCAGGCCACUCCAAAAUUUGGCAGGCUUACCUGUCACUGUCAUCCACAGUGCUGGGUCCUACACCUGGGCCUGGUCCUGAUCCCCUCAGCCUCCUCCAGAAGCUGAUCCUGUGGCGUGUGCUGCGACCUGAGUGCCUGGCAGGUGCCUUGGCAGACUUCACCACCAGCCUCCUGGGCCGGCCCCUGGAUGAAACACUUGGUGCCCCCACCAUGCCCUUCGAACACAGUCGGGCUACUCAACCCAUGUUGAUCUUGUUGCCACCGCCUGGCCACCCUACAACCACCCUGCAUCCCCUGACUGUCAUCCAGAAACUAGCUGCCAAGCAUAAGCAGGGGCGGAAAAAUCUGCAGGUGAUAGCCCUGGGCUGUGAAGCCUGGGACCCGGUCCCAGUUGUGGUCAGCACUCUAUACCAGGCUAUGCACAAGGGGCACUGGCUGGUGCUGGAUAACUGUCAUCUGAUGCCCCACUGGCCGAAAGAGCUACUACGGCCCUUGCUGAGUCUGUUUGACGGAGCUAAGGUGGUCUCGGACUUGGAGUUGGAACUGCUUUUAGCUCAACCUGCAAGCAGGAAUGUGAGCGUUGUCCACAGGGAUUUCCGUCUUUGGCUUAUUGUAUCUGCAGAGGCUAUUGCUUCCUUGCCAGUUGUGCUCACUCAGCACUCCAUGCCUGUUUUCUGGGACCAGUCCCUGGAGCUGGGCCAUGUCCUGAUUGACAGUGUGGAGCUAGCCCAGCAGGGCCUCUGCAUGCCACCCACAACCCAGGCACUGCCUCUGCUCCUCCUACAUGGCCUCCUGCUCCACCGUCAGCUCUAUGGACUGAGGCUGCAGGCACACAGGGGGCGCUGGAAUCAAGACACCCUGACCCAGGUCCUUCAGACCCAGAGCCAACUGUGGGCCAGGCUCAGUAAUCCCAAUGCUGCCAUGCAGGAGCUGGCUGCUUCGGUUUUCUAUGGAGGUCCUGUGGGGGAUGUGGAGGACAGGGAGGCCCUGAUUAGCCUCACUGAAGCCUGCCUGAGCCCUAGUAGUGGGAGCUGGACCUACCCACAAACACCCCAGCAUCUACUGGCCACUCUGAUGCCCAGCCCAGACCUAGGGGAGCUGGAUGCUAUGGCAGAGUGCAAGGCCCGGGUGCACCUACUGCCCACACCACCCGAACCCCGGACCUGUGGACUAAGUGCGGGCCCCCAGUCCUGGCUGUUGCGACGCCAAAGUCGCGCUCUCCUGAGCGCGCUGCAGCGGAGUUCACCCACUUGGGUUCCUGAGGUUCGCGGAGGCGCGGGGCGCACGGAGCGGCGGCUGCGGCAACGCCUAGUGCAGGUCUCGCUGAGACUGGAGUCAUUGCAAGCUCUGCUGGCCGCGAACACUCACCAAGGCGAGCCUGGCGCCCCAGGGGCGGUGCUGGGGCCGGAUGCGCGGCGGCCUCUGGAGGGCCUCCUAGAGACCGAGGCACUGGAGCUGAGCAAGCUGGUGGGCACGCUGCAACGCGACCUUGACUGCCUGUUGCAGCAGCUGAAGGGCGCGCCCCCGUGCGCUUCCCGGCGCUGUAUUGCGGUGGCCCGGGCUCUCUGGACUGGCCGCCUACCCCCACCUUGGCGACUCCAUGCGCCCGCCGGCCCGCAACAGCCCUGGCACUGGCUGCGACAGCUGUCGCGCCGUGGGCAGCUGUUGACCCGCUACCUAAGUGUGAGCGCCGGCACCGAAGUACCAGAGCGCGUCUUCCACCUGUCAGCCUUUUCCCACCCGCGCCGCCUGCUGCUGGCACUGCGUUGGGAGGCUGCUCUGGACUCGUAUCCGUCCAGCCCGAAUUUCCCUGGUAGUCAAGGUUCCGGCUCCACUCACUGUCCCCAUAAACGUCAGGAGCUGAACAGCAACCCUCUGCAUCUCAAGGUGGAGAACGUUCCAAAUCCCACUGUUCCAGAGAUGGGGCUGCUGCUGAUCGGGCUACAGCUCCUGAAUGCCGAGUGGGACCCGAUAGCUGGGGCUGUGCAGGACAGUCCCUCCAGCCAACCCAGCCCUCUGCCUCCAGUCAGCGUCAGCGCGCAGGCCCGGGUCGCAAAUGACCUGCCUACUACAGGUGGCCUCGCUGUGUACUCCUGCCCUGUGUACAUGGAAGGGCCCCUUGGCAUCACGAGGCUGCACAGCAGGAACAUCCUGAUGCACUUGCCCCUCCCCACGAAGCUCAGCCCCGCCAUCUGUGCCCAACGGAGAGUUCAUGCGUGCAGCCCACCCCUGUCCUGA